AUGGCUACCCAGUCUGAUUUGAUGGAGUUGGACAUGGCUAUGGGAGACAGUAAGGCUGCUGUGAGCCAGUGGCAGCAGCAGUCCUACCUGGACUCAGGCAUCCAGUCUGGGGUGACAACCACAGCCCCUUCUCUGAGUGGGAAGGGGAACCCUGAUGCUGAAGAGGAUGACCCAACUCUCUACGACUGGGAGUUCAAUCAGCCUUUCACCCCAGAGGCCGCAGAUAUUGAGGGCUUUGCCAUGACUCGGGCUCAACGUGUUAGAGCAGCCAUGUUUCCAGAGACCCUGGAGGAAGGACUUCAGCUUCCUCCUACACAGAUGGAUGCUGCCCACCCCACAGCAGUGCAGCGCUUGGCUGAGCCUUCACAGAUGUUGAAGCACGCUGUUGUCAAUCUAAUUAACUACCAAGAUGAUGCAGAGCUGGCAACUCGGGCCAUACCUGAGCUCACCAAACUGCUCAAUGAUGAAGAUCAGGUUGUUGUGAAUAAAGCAGCGGUGAUGGUGCACCAGCUGUCAAAGAAGGAGGCGUCUCGCCAUGCCCUGAUGCGGUCUCCACAGAUGGUGUCUGCGGUCGUGCGUGCCAUGCAAAACACAGGUGAUGUGGAGACUGCCCGCUGUUCAGCUGGAACCCUGCAUAAUCUUUCUCAUCAUCGUGAGGGGCUACUGGCUAUUUUCAAAUCCGGAGGCAUCCCGGCCUUGGUCAAGAUGCUUGGUUCUCCUGUGGACAGCGUGCUGUUCUAUGCCAUCACUACCCUUCACAACCUUUUACUGCACCAAGAGGGAGCAAAGAUGGCAGUUCGUUUGGCUGGAGGCCUCCAGAAAAUGGUGGCACUAUUGUCGAAUACAAACGUCAAAUUUCUGGCGAUAACAACUGAUUGCCUCCAGAUUCUGGCUUAUGGUAAUCAGGAAAGCAAGCUGAUUAUUCUGGCAAGUGGUGGACCGCAGGCUCUGGUCAAUAUCAUGAGGACUUUUACAUAUGAGAAACUGCUAUGGACCACCAGCAGAGUUCUCAAAGUGCUUUCAGUUUGUUCCAGCAACAAACCUGCCAUUGUGGAGGCUGGGGGAAUGCAGGCUCUGGGGCUGCACUUGACCGAUCCCAGUCAGCGUUUAGUUCAGAACUGCCUCUGGACUUUGAGGAAUCUUUCAGAUGCUGCCACAAAACAGGAGGGAAUGGAAGGUCUUCUGGGAACGCUGGUACAACUUUUGGGUAGCGACGACAUCAACGUCGUGACUUGUGCUGCAGGCAUCCUGUCCAACCUCACAUGUAACAACUACAGUAACAAACUCAUGGUCUGCCAGGUUGGAGGCAUUGAGGCUCUUGUCAGAACCGUGCUUCGCGCUGGUGACCGGGAGGACAUAACUGAGCCUGCUGUAUGUGCCCUGCGCCACCUCACCUCCCGUCACCAAGAUGCUGAAAUGGCUCAGAAUGCUGUGCGCCUUCACUAUGGGCUUCCAGUCGUCGUGAAACUACUGCACCCUCCAUCCCAUUGGCCUCUCAUCAAGGCCACUGUUGGACUCAUCCGGAAUCUGGCACUUUGUCCUGCCAAUCACAGUGCACUGCGUGAGCAGGGGGCGAUCCCCAGACUUGUGCAGCUGCUUGUGAGGGCACACCAGGACACCCAGAGACGCACAAGCAUGGGAGGCAACCAACAGCAGUUUGUGGAGGGCGUGAGGAUGGAGGAAAUAGUCGAGGGGUGCACAGGUGCCCUACACAUUUUGGCCCGAGAUGUUCAUAACAGAAUUGUCAUUAGAGGACUUAACACCAUUCCACUCUUUGUGCAGCUGCUCUACUCUCCAGUGGAGAACAUUCAGCGUGUAGCAGCAGGUGUGCUCUGUGAACUGGCUCAGGACAAAGAAGCAGCCGAGGCAAUAGAAGCUGAAGGAGCCACUGCACCUCUGACUGAGCUGCUGCACUCUAGAAAUGAGGGUGUUGCUACCUACGCUGCAGCUGUCCUGUUUCGUAUGUCUGAAGACAAACCACAGGAUUAUAAGAAACGACUGUCAGUUGAACUGACCAGCUCUUUGUUCAGAACUGAACCAAUGGCGUGGAAUGAGACUGGAGACUUGGGGCUGGACAUUGGAGCUCCAGGAGAUCCACUGGCCUACAGGCAAGAUGAUGGAGAUUACCGGGCAUAUCCAGCCCCCUACGGUCAGGACGCUCUGUUGGACCCCAUGAUGGAAGCAACCAGCUGGCCUGGUUUGACACCGACCUGUAGAAUUGUUUUAUUCAGUAAAACCUGCAUUGUGGUUGGCCCAUGUUAUGUAACACAGCAUUAG